AUAAAAUGUAAUAUAACAAACGAAUUAACUAACUCAUAUUUGUAUAAUUAUGAUUUUUGUUACUCGUUCCUCCUGUAAAUGUGACUUUAAACAUGAUUAUCAUCAUAUUUUUUUGAUGGACAUGAAUUCUUUCCACUUUUGCAUUGUUUCUUAUGGGAGGCUGAAGGGGAAUCCAAAAUGUUGAUAAAAAACGAGAAUGAAUUUGAAAAAAAAAAUGAUGUAGACGCGUCUGGCGUCGUUUUCAUGAAAGAGACGACCAAAUAUAUAUGAAUGACGGCGAAAUAUGAAUGGCUGAGCGCCAUGAAUGAAGCCUGCAGUUCCUCCAGUCGGUCUCCGGGUGGAAGUGUUCGCCAGACGCGCGUGGGGGCGGCGCUGGCGUGUGGAAGUUGUCACACAACACAAACACGCGUGGACCCGGGAGAGAAGGGGAAACACGCCGCGUUGGGGUGAGGGAAUUAAAAAAAAAAAAAAAAAGAACGAGAGGGGAUGGUGGAGGGAGGGAACGCAAGUCCGCUCACAGUCAUUCGAGCCGGGGAAGGGCGAGGAAGGAGGCCGCGGACGAUGAGCAGCGGAGCCGCGCCAGGCUUCCGAGUCCCGGCCACAGCGCGCCGAGAACCCCCGCCGACGACCCCCGGCGGCUCCGCUCACUUUCGGGACAGAAAAAUAAGAAAUUAAAAAAACAACACACACAAAAAAAAAAAAAACACACACACACUCGCGCAUAGACAAGGAAAAAAAAAAAGUUCGUUCGUCCUCCCUGUACAAUGGUCACAAAUGGGUCAGAGCUGAACAGCACCGCGCCGGACCCCGACGACGACACCGCCGCCGCCGCUAUCAGCCGCCCGCCGUGGGUCACGACAACUUUGGGCUGCUUCCUCAUCUUCACCAUCGUGGUGGACAUCCUGGGCAACCUGCUGGUCAUCUUCUCCGUGUACCGCAACAAGAAGCUCCGGAACGCAGGCAACAUCUUCGUAGUGAGCCUGGCUGUUGCCGACCUGGUGGUCGCCAUCUACCCGUACCCGUUGGUGCUGGCCUCCAUCUUCCACAAUGGCUGGAACCUGGGCUACGCACAUUGCCAGAUCAGCGGCUUCCUGACGGGCGUCAGCGUCAUUGGCUCCAUCUUCAACAUCACCGGCAUCGCCCUCAACCGCUACUGCUACAUCUGCCACAGCCUCAAGUACGACAAGCUGUACAGCGACAAGAACUCGCUGUGCUACGUCGUGCUAAUCUGGGCUCUCACGGUGGUGGCUAUCGUGCCCAACUUGUUCGUGGGCUCGCUGCGCUAUGACCCGCGCGUCUACUCGUGCACCUUCGAGCAGUCGGCCAGCUCGGCGUACACUAUCGCCGUGGUCUUCUUCCACUUCAUCCUGCCCAUCAUGAUCGUCACCUAUUGCUACCUACGUAUUUGGAUCCUAGUGAUCCAGGUGCGGCGGCGCGUCAAACCCGACAACCGGCCAAAGCUGACUCCUCACGACGUCCGCAACUUUGUCACUAUGUUUGUUGUCUUCGUGCUCUUCGCCGUGUGCUGGGCGCCCCUCAACCUCAUCGGCCUGGCGGUGGCCAUCCGGCCCGAGGUGGCGUUGCCCCUGGUCCCCGAGUGGCUGUUUGUGGCCAGCUACUUCAUGGCCUACUUCAACAGCUGCCUUAACGCCAUUGUCUACGGCGUCCUCAACCAGAACUUCCGCCGUGAGUACAAGCGCAUUGUGGUGUCACUGUGCACCGCCAGACUCUUCUUCCAAGACAGCUCCAACGACCAGCCCGGCGGUGGUGGCGAUAGGCUCAAGAGCAAGCCCUCGCCGCUCAUGACGAACAAUAACCGUGUCAAGGUGGACUCUGUUUGAAAAAAAGUAACCAAAUAUGAAAUAAUGGAAAAGCCUCAAUUGACUGUGAUAUGGUGCUACUCUGACCUCCACAAUCAGUAGAAAAGGGGUACAUAUUAUUAUUAUUAUUAUUAUUAUUAUUAUUAUCAGACACUUUGCUUUGGCACUGGAUGACUGCAGGACCAAAACAUCUGGUGGUCCUCGAAUGGUCAGCUUCUGGUGGUCUGCUUGCAACUCCUGGGGUUUUGGGGGAAACUCCUGAAGUCAGUUAGGAACAUCUAUUGGUCCACUUUGGAACUGGGUGAUGGUUGGCAGCUAGUGGUCCAGUAGUUACUCUGUGUAUUGUAGAAGCUCCUAGUGCCCUGCAAACGACUUCUAGUAGUUCACCAGAAACCCCUGGUGUUCUAGCAGCACAUGGUGUUCUGCUAGCCACUCCUGGUAGCCCGGAAACAAGUCUUAGGAGUCUGGUAGUAACUUCUAGUAUUCUGCUGGCAACUCUGGGUAGUCUGGUAGCAGCUCCUAUUGGUCUGCUAGUGUCCGGGCAACUUCUAGAUGUCAGCUAGUAACUUUUGGAGGUUUGCUAACAACUCCAGAUGGUCCUCUAUCAACUUCUGGUGAUCACUCGCAACUCUCCGUGGUUUGCAAGCAACUACUAGUGGUCCUUUAGAAACUCCUGGUGUUUUAGAAGAUCCUGGAGGUUCUCUAGAACCGUGGUCUCCAUCCUUUUUCCCUCCACAGAACAGUUCAAAUGUUUCACGAACUGGCAGCCGGUCAUUGAUUUGGAUCACGGUCUAACAGGCUAUCUCGAUUGGAAGCUAAUCGCCCCCCCGCCCGCCCAGAGUUGGGGCGGUGGCAACAGAGACCGGUACCAAACGGGCUGCGGCCUGAUGGUUGGGGAUUACUGCUCUAGAAACUCCCAGUAGCCCCCUAAGCAACUACAAAUGGGAUUCAAGUAGUCUGGCAUAAAUGGUGGUGUAGCAAAUCCAGGUGGUCCACUAGCAGGUUCUAGUAGUCCGCUAACAUUUUGUUAGUGAUCACGAGCGACUUCUGAAGGUCUAUCAACAUUUGGUGGUAUAACAAGGGUCGAAUCUUCUUGUGAUCUUUUUAUCGGGCACUUUUUGCUUUGUAGCUGUAGUCCAACGUUUUGUUUACACUGAUGAUAUCAUAUUUAUUUUCUAUGUAGCUGUAUUAGUAAUGCAAAUAUAGGUUCCAGCCGAGCCACGCUGAGACAAAACAUUGAACGAUGAGCUCAUUUGUGACAGUGUAACACUUCAUGAAGUGCUGUCUUAUUCUUAUUAUACCCCGCAAUACUAUGCCCCUAUAUGAUGUGGAUUAUAUAUUUUAGUAACCAGGCCAUCCUGUGAUCUCAGUAUUCUGUAUGCAUGGAUUUCAGGAAUUUGUUCAUAAUAUGCAAAAUAAAAACAAGGUAUCUUUCA